AUGCUUGGCCGUUGUGAGAGAAUCCAGCCUGCUGAAGCUCCAACAGUCCUAGAUAUAAAAGAGCCAUCAUGGAAGAAAAUCACAAAUGUGGUUAAGAUUACCAUACAAGGUCUACAAGAAGUGUCCAAAGCUUUUACGAAGAGGGCUGCUUUACACCGAAGGAGAAGGACGCAGGACGCAACAGGCAUUAAACAGUUCCGAACUAUCUCACUACUGAGUGUUGAAGGGAAGAUAUUCUUUUCCAUCCUAGCCAAGAGACUGACCACAUACCUGCUGGCCAACAACUAUGUUAACACCUCAGUGCAAAUGGGAGGCAUACCUGGUUUUUCUGGGUGUGUCGAACACACAAGUGCACUGCUACAUGAGGCAAGAAUCAAUCAGAGAGACCUGACUGUAAUAUGGCUGGAUUUGGCCAAUGCAUAUGGCUCUAUACCCCACCGUCUCAUUGAUGCGGCACUGACACACUCCCACAUCCCGGAACAUGUGCACAAGCUAGUCACCAAUUAUCUCGGCAACAUACAGAUGAAGUUCUCCUUUAACAGCUUUACAGCUUCAUGGAUCCAGUUGGAGAAGGGUAUAGUCACAGGCUGCACAAUCUCUGUUGUCUUGUUUGUGAUGGGCAUGAACAUGAUCAUAAAGGCAGCAGAAAGGGAGUCGAGGGGUCCCAAAACAAGCUCUGGAAUUCGUCUGCCUUCAAACAGGGGAUUCAUAGUCGACAUGACAGUCACCACCGAGACACAUAUGCAAGCAAUGUGGAUUCUGAGAGCUCUGGAUGAGACUGCAACAUGGGCCCAAAUGACGUUCAAGCCAAAAAAGUCCAGAUGCUUGGCGAUAAAGAAGGGGAAAGUCACUGAUAGAUUCAAAUUGGAAAUACAGGGGGAAGAAAUCCCAUUCCUGGUCAACAACCCUAUCAAGUGCCUUGUCAAGUGGUUUGAUUCUACACUCGCUAAAAUGGGUAACCAAGAGAGAUUGAGGAAGCAGGUACAAGAUGGUCUCCAGAAGAUAAGUAAGACUGAGCUUCCUUGGAAAUUCAAAGCCUGGAUGUUUCAGCUCGGCCUGCUUCCAACACUUGUAUGGUCACUUAUGGUGUAUGAAGUACCAAUCAGCCUAAUCGAGACGCUAGAGCAAACUGUUAGCAAGUAUCUCAAGAGGUGGCUCGGCUUACCGCCAUCUUUCACCAACAUAGGGCUGUAUGGCAAGUCGACAAAACUUCAGUUGCCAUUAACUGCGCUAACAGAGGGGUAUAAGGUGACAAAAGCAAGACUCCUGCUCACCCUGAGGGAUUCCGCAGAUGAGAAGAUAAGCAAAGCGGGCAUAGACGUCAGAACAGGAUAA